AUGGCGUCUCUUUUGGGUGAAGUGUUGUUUGAAGCAGACGGACAGGGUACAGCUCCAAAUAAAGACUUCUACCAGAUUAUUAUUACACAGAAUGAGGUUAUAUGGAGAUGGUGGAAGAUUUCAAUCCGGUCUGAAUUCAGAGGGACACCACCUGGAGAAAUAAAACAGUCCCACAAUGACUUUUUGCAGGAUGACAGAUUGCAAGAGCAGGUAGGUGUGGUGUUUGGUCCCAGGACUCUGGAGUACAUUUUGGCUCUGUGCCAAGGACAUUUUAACUACCUGGAGCGUUUACCUGACCAGCUGCUCCUUAAGAUCCUGUCCUACUUGUCCUGCCAGGACACUGGCCACCUCAGCCAAACCUCAAGCAGGUUUAGGAAGCUGUGUAACUCAGAGGAGUUCUGGAAGCAGAUUGUCCUGAGACAUUGUGACAUGAUAACAGAAGACAUGGAGAUGCUGGCGAAGGGCAUGGGCUGGAGGAACAUCUUCUUGAAGUUUUACUAUAAUAAAGAAGAGCAUGGCAGCACGGCCCAUCCCGCAGAAGAAGAAGACAAACCCAGUACUGCUGCAUCUCCAUGAACUAUUAAAUACAGUUCAUUCUCAAAGAAUCAAGACAAUCAUUUCAUUCUGAGGCUAUUCUUGUUUGCAACUUCACUACAUUGAUUCAAUUGAAAUUCACUCAUAAUCUUGUGUGCUGUGAGUGCCAAUGUUGUUGCUAAUAUGUAGCUUUUUUUCUUUCUUUUUUUUUUUAAACCAAUGCCUCUCGAAGAUGAAGAAUGGUAAGAUUCCGUUUUAAUUUUGAUUUUAUAUUUACAAAAUGUAUAAGUAUACAUUUUAUAUUUACGAUUCAUGUUUAUAUGGCACUCACUAGACUGAUAUGGGGCUAUACAAUUUUUUUAUUCUUAAUCAACGUAGAUUUCCAUACAUACUGUAUUUUAUACAAAUUAUAUUUUUGUAUAUAUUUCUAGAA